AUGCCUCUGGAUGUUCAAUGAUAGUACUCCUCCAUACUGGAGCAGCAAAGAUUCCCCAAAACUUACUUCCAAGGGCAAGACAAGCUGUGUGCUCCCUCCUCCCGGCUGGUGUUCUCAAAGGGUACCGCUCCAUCGUAAGCAGGAAACUGGCGUCCCACGGCUUUGGAGCUUCCAUGGCAGCAAUGUCAUCCUUCCCUCCACAGAGAUAUCACUACUUCUUAGUGCUGGAUUUUGAGGCUACGUGUGAUAAACCACAGAUUCAUCCUCAGGAAAUCAUCGAAUUCCCUAUCCUGAAGCUGAAUGGCAGGACGAUGGAGAUCGAAUCCACCUUUCACAUGUAUGUUCAGCCUGUGGUGCAUCCCCAGCUUACGCCCUUCUGUACAGAGCUGACUGGGAUUAUUCAAGGCAUGGUGGAUGGGCAGCCGAGCCUCCAGCAAGUGCUUGAGAGGGUUGACGAGUGGAUGGCGAAGGAAGGCCUCUUAGAUCCCAGCGUCAAGUCGAUUUUUGUGACCUGUGGAGACUGGGAUUUGAAAGUGAUGUUACCAGGACAAUGCCAGUACUUAGGGCUGCCGGUUGCUGAUUACUUCAAACAGUGGAUUAAUCUGAAAAAGGCGUACAGCUUUGCCAUGGGGAGUUGGCCAAAGAACGGGCUCUUAGACAUGAACAAAGGACUGAACCUACAGCACAUAGGGAGGCCUCACAGCGGGAUAGACGACUGUAAGAACAUCGCCAACAUCAUGAAGACACUGGCCCAUAGAGGCUUCAUCUUCAAGCAGACCUCCAAACCCUUUUGAUCCCCAAGGCAAGCCAGGCAAGGGCUGCAUGUGCCCGGCGCCGGCGAGGCGGGGAGGACGGGCUCCAGCAUUAAAAUAAAACGGCAACCGAGGCCAGAGGAACCGACACAAAAAAUCUCAAUUUCAGCUGUUAACUCCAGUAGAGGUUGUAUAUAUGGGAAGGCAAAUCUGUGUAGACCUGAUGUGACUCCCUCUCUGGGCUGCUCCGGACAUUAUGCCAUGCUAGCGGACAGCCGCGUAGGGCGCUUGCACCACAUUUUAGACUCGUAGUUUGUUCUUUUUCUUUGGCUCCCGAU